GCUGAGAAUCAAACUGAGCAGCGCUGCACGUCGCCAUCAUACAGAGGAGGGUGGCAAGUGCGCAUGCACGUUCUGCAGACGAAGCUAUAUCAUCCUCUUAUCUUCAUCCAUAUUAACACUUGAAUAUAUCCGCGUAGGCGUUUACACCCCGGCUGCAGGACAAAAUGCACACUUACGUCUUCUUGAUCCUGCUUUUUGCCCUGCCUCUUUUUUCAGGUUGGGGUUUAUUAGGUGAAAGAGAGAAAGUUCAGACUGUGUGUGCUGGGAAGGAGUUUCGCCUGCCGGUAGACUCGACAUCCAGAAUUGUUACGUUUACUCCGGACUCUGAGGGGCCGAGGCGAGUCCUACUUGAAAAAACCACUGUAAAGGACCCACGUUUUCAGUGGACCAGAGAUAAAACGUUAGUCCUGAAAGAGGCGACUCUCAGUGAUCAGGGACUUUAUGCCAACAAACUGUCUGUUGGCUUCACAUACGAGACUGUUCAUCUAAUUGUUUCAGAAUGCAUUAAGCCGUACCGCAAGAACUACGGGGAGACCUUUGAGCACAGCAUCCCUGAGAAUGGCUCUGUGUUGGAGUUUUCCCCCCGGGGUGCGCGGCCAGAGGCCAUGCCCAUUGUAUUGUGGAACCGGACAAACCAUGGAACGAGCGACAGAGGAAGGCUGCUGCGUGGGGGUAAGGCCUGGGUGGCAGAGAGAGUGACGCAAGCAGAUCAAGGCAACUACACCGUGAAAGACGACGACGGGAACGUGCUGUCUCGCAGCACCCUCUCUGUUCGUGGGUACUCCUUCAACAUUACACAUUUCACCAAGGAGUCUUUAAACCUACCCUUGUUUCUUCCUGUCCAUCAUGCCCAUCUAAUUUUUACCCCAAGUCGAAUCUCAGAUGAAUCCUCUCUUGGCCCCUUCGAUCCCAAACCUCCACGCGGCCCCAUUCAGCUGCUUCGUGAAGGCCAGAUAACGGACCAUGACCUGGGUUACAGAGGUAUCAUCUCUGUGAUCCGAAACGGAUCCAUCCAUGAGGUUGUUAUCACAAGACUUACAUCACACCAUGAUGGGCUGUAUGAAAUCAGAGAUGGGAACGGAAACAUCGUAUCCUCCACCUACUUGCAUAUGAUUGAAAAAAAGGCCACUUGGCGAUCCCUUUUCAAGUCCAUCAGUGUCCCUUCUGGCAUGUUUGUGUCUCUGGCUGGUUUCAUUUUAUUCAUGAAGCGCUACCCAAACUGCAGCCUAUCACAGAUCAUUACUGGCCUCAGGACUAACCGCACACCGCCAGCUAACCCGCCAAGAGUUAACAUCCAGGAGUACAGUCAGCCCCAUCCACACCCCCCUGCCUACUAUAGUCACUGCGAACAGCCUACAACACCAAGAAAAUGGACCCCUAGAGCCAGUCCGGUUAACGCUGGUUACACUCCCGUUAGGUCGGGGAGUCUGAGAGCAGAGGAGCAGGAGGUACAAAGACAGACAGCUGGAAACUCGCCCCGCCAUAAUUUGACUACUGAGCUGGACAAAUCCAACGAGGAAGAUGAGAAGAUUUCCUUUUCUAUGCCUGGAGCCUCAGACUGCCUCCACUCCUCUGAGGACUGCAUCCAGUUCCAGAUCAAGAAAGCCAGAGACGAGGAAAGAUUGAGCAAAUCAAAAGACUUCUUUUCCACACUGCCACUAGACGAGGACACUUCUGAAUCCUGCAGCGUUUACACCUCAAAUAAACUGGACUUUUCAUAAAACAGGGACAAAGAUAAGGAGGUAAAGAUGCAUAAGGCACAGAGAAAUUCUAUUAAUGGAUUCUGAUAAGAGGUCGUGGCACUAUUUGCACAGUUUUAAUUGUUGGGGUUGUCCUGAUUUCUGAACCAUAAGGAGAGUGUUGAGUUUCCUGUCUCACUUUGCACUGGUUAUUGGUGCUCUUAAAAUCUCCUAAUGUUACCUACCUCUAAACCCUCAGGACAGGAAUGAUCUGCACUGUAUUUACUGAGUGUUUGUGUUCUGUAAUAUCUAGGGCUAUGAUAUCAAAAGUAGUGACUCUAAAGCUGGAAAGAGAGAAUUGUUAUUACUUCACAUCAAUAUAGCGUGAACUGAAUCGCUUACCCAUUAUGCUGACUCUUUCCUUAUUGUUGCAACAGUAAUCAUCUUUGUAAAUAACCUGUAUGUCCUGCAGUUUAUGUAUGUUUACAGGUGUAAUGAUUUUACUUUUGAGAAACCUGUAGUAGUAGACACGUGGUAUGUACUUCCAAAUAUUGUAACAGCUACUCAACAGUUAAUCUUUGAACCUUGUAUACUGGAAAAUAACUAAGUCUUUGAAUAAUCCUUUAUCCAAUAACAAACUCUUAUCUCUAAAAUAAAAUGUAUCUUUGACAAAUAUAUCUAAAAAUAAUAGUUUUUUGUGCACAUGUAUUCUGAUAAGUUAUUUAUUGGAAAGGUUAAUUUAUUUCAAAAAUGUCAAAUAAAAAGGGAAAAAUUAUAAAUUUAUUACAUACAGUGA